UCCAUUUGCAGAGACUGUAUCUGCCCGACGUCAUCAGUGCGGCCACAGGCGGAGCGCACCUUUUCCCCAGAACUGCUGGAUUCCUCCACAUGCACAGGACGGGACGGGACAGGACAGGAUGGGAUGCUCCACCAGCUCUCAGACUUCAGCCGUAGAUACGACUAGACCUAGUGCAAAACCCGAGGAGUGCAACGGAGCCACCACAGGAGUGGCUGGUGAUGAUGGAAAGAUAGCUGAAGACAGUGAAACGAUCCCGGACCAGACCCCCGCUGACGGCGGUGGCGCUGCUGCAGCGGCAUGUGCAGACGCAGCUGCACCUGCAGGGGAGGAAGCUCAGUCUUUGCAAGCAGAGGCAGCUGCACCAGGAGAGACAGCUGCAUCAGCAGAUGCAACAGCAGAUGCACCAGCAGAGGCGGCUGCACUGGCAGAUGCACCAGCAGAGACAGAUGCACCAGCAGAGGCAGAUGCACCAGCAGAUGCACCGGCAGAUGCACCAGCAGAGACAGAUGCACCAGCAGAAGCAUCAACAGAGGCACCGGCAGCAGAGAGCAACGCUGAAACGGCAGCGAGCUCCUCAGAUGCUGCAGCUCCAGAGCAAGAGGCCACAGCGACUGAUUCUGAGACAAAAGCAGAGGAGGCGCCAGCUGCCGGCGAGUGAAGACUGAUGCUUUACUGCACAGAUGAGUUUGGUGAAAGAGUUGCUCGUCGUCUGUAUGCGUGCAUGAGUGUGUGUGUGAGUGUGUGAGUGUGUGUGCGAGUGUGUCGUUGCCAACAUGCUGACCCUGCGGCGAGACUUUCAACCAGGGUUCUCAGUCACCACUGUGCCUUCUUCCUUUCUUGAUGGUGAUGCUGCAGGUAGAUGGAGCACGAAGCCGUGGUGUUUAUUUCCAGAGCACAUUAUUUUUACAGAGAAACCUAGAUUAUCAGACGUCAUCUCUAUUUAUUAUCUGUAUAGAAACUUGUAAUAUCACCACACAUGUCUUGGGUCUAACUUGAAGCGACUGAAAGAAUCAAUUCUGAUCUUUUCUACAAAACCAAAUUUCAUUCAAAGCCAAAGUUUAUUAGACGUAUGAAUUUAGUCUUUAUGUUUUGGGUCAUAAUCACAUUUGAAGGUGAAGGUGUGGUUAGUCCAGGCCAGCUGGAUUAAUAAUGAUCUAAUGUGUCAUGAUUUAUCUGUGGGAAGAAAAACCUCAAAUCUGUAACAAGCUGUAACUGUCAAAAAAUAAAUAAAAAAGCAAAAGAAGCAUAAGGAAUCGCAUCCAACGUACG